AUGGCGGAAUUGUAUGAUCAAUCGCGGAAUGACGCUUUACAACGUCUCAACCAAACACUACUCCAGAUCGACCCAUAUAUCCUACCUCCAUAUCCCAACCUCUCUAUCGUCGCCGGGCCAUUGGAUCCGCCACUACUCCAGUUGACCCUGUCACAACUACUUCGGAAACAAGUCGAUUGCUAUCCGGAGAAUGAAGCUGUUGUCAUUCCCUGGACUGGCGCGCGGUGGACAUACCAGCAGCUAUGGGACGAGUCGAGCUUGCUAGCAAGAGCGUUGCUGAAAGAGGGUGUAAGACCAAGAGAUAGGAUAGGAAUCAUGAGCGGUAAUUGCGAAAAGUAUAUUGCACUUUUCUUUGCAUGCGCAAGGGUAGGGGGCAUUUGUGUUACGCUUAACAACACGUAUACGGCGACAGAGAUGGAGUACGCGCUAAAACAUACAAAAUGUAGAGUACUCUUCACAACACCCACGAUCGCGCGCUUCGACAACGGACCAUUACUGCACAAGCUCAGCCAACCCGAUGUCGCGUCCACACUACCAGACCUCAAGACUGUAUGUCUGAUCCGCGGCCAACACGACAGCUUCAUCAGCUACUCCUCCCUCAUCGAAGAAGCCCAAUAUAUCCCCGAGCACAUCUUAGACAUCUUCGACGGCAUAAUAAGUCCCUACGAUGUCGCAAACCUCCAAUUCACAAGUGGCAGCACCGGAAACCCAAAAGCUGCCAUGUUGACACACCACAAUUUGAUCAACAACUCGCGCUUCAUAGGCGAUCGCAUGGAUCUCACACCCAACGACACCCUUUGCUGCCCGCCGCCCCUCUUCCAUUGCUUCGGUCUAACACUCGGUCUCCUCGCUUGCCUCACACACGGUGCCAAGAUUGUCUUCCCAGCCGAAUCCUUCGAUCCCGUUGCUUGCAUGCGGGCGAUCGAUGCAGAACGCUGCACAGCCCUACAUGGUGUACCCGCCAUGAUGGAGUCUAUAAUGGAUGUCCCACGGCCGGAGGGAUGGACAAGUGAUCUCAGAACGGGCAUUGUGGCGGGCAGUCCAGUGCCAAAAUGGCUCAUGGAGCGCAUGGUCAAUGAGCUCAACAUGUCGGACUUUACAUCUUCGUAUGGGCUCACGGAAGCGAGCCCUACAGUGUUCAACGCGCAUACAAACGACUCGCUGCAUGCGCGGUUGACUACUGUUGGAACAGUAUUGCCUCAUGCGCGGGUAAAAAUAGUAGACCAUCAGGAUCGCAUCGUACCGAUCGGUGUUAGGGGCGAGCUCUGCGUCGCGGGAUACCAAGUCUGUCGUGGAUACUGGGAAAAUGCUGAGAAGACGGCGGAACUUAUCGUGCGCGAUGAGUAUGGCGAGCCGUGGCUACACACUGGUGACGAGGCAGUCUUGGACGUAGAUGGAUACUGUACCAUCACCGGAAGGUUCAAGGAUAUCAUCAUCCGAGGAGGCGAAAACAUCUACCCCCUAGAAAUCGAAGAACGUCUCGUCGCACACCCAUCCAUCACCCGCGCCAUCGUCGUCGGCGUCUCACAUCCCCGUUACGUCGAGGUACCUGCUGCCUUCCUCUCACACGAGCUGAAUACAGACAAGCCAGAUUUAGCAGAAGUGCAGGCAUGGGUACGGAAAGUACUCGGCAGACACAAAGCUCCUGUACACAUCUUCUGGCUAGGAGAGGACUGUGACGCUGAAGUGCCGUUGACAGGUAGUGGUAAGAUCAAAAAGUUUGUGUUAAGAGACGUUGCAGAGAGUUUGUUGAAAGGGCGAUGA